GGAGGCAGUAGCGCCGCCUGAGGCCGUCAGGGAGCAACGGUCUCUCCGCGCGCGUCCCUAACUCCUCGCCGCAGCCAUGAGGCGCUUCUGGCCGUGCGCCGUCGUGCUGGGGCUGCUCGCCGUCGAGGGCGUGCGCGGCGCACAGAAAUUCGCCACCUAUCCCAAAAUCACCAACAAGACCUUCAUAGACGAGUAUAUCAACGCGCACAACGAGCACCGCAGCAAAGUCCAGCCUUCCGCUUCCAACAUGCUGUUCAUGAGUUUUGAUCUAGGUUUAGCUAAAAUAGCGAGAGCAUGGGGACGGAAAUGCAUUUUUGGACAUAAUCCAAACAGAAAAGUCCACCCUGAAACUAAAUAUCAGCCAUUUGGAGAAAAUAUAUGGCGGGGAUCUGCCUCCAGCCAACCAUUUAAUGCUGCUGCUGCCAUUAAUGCAUUUAACAGUGAAGUACAAUACUAUACCUACGAUGCCCACACAUGUUCCAAAGUAUGUGGUCAUUAUACUCAGGUUGUUUGGGCUGAUUCUUACAAGGUUGGCUGUGCUAUUGUUUACUGCUCUCGAGCAACAGAUGGAGAGAUGAAUGUUUUGCAUUUCGUGUGCAAUUAUGCUCCAGCGGGCAAUUACCGGGGCGUUCGUCCUUAUAAAAAAGGAUCUCCAUGUAGCGAGUGCCCAGAAGGAGACACUUGUCAAAAUCAACUCUGUAGAAAUUCUGAACGUGAUAAAGAAAGGAGUGAGAAUUAUAAACGAUGGAAUCCACCGUAUGAUUUCCACAUUACCUGUGAUGAAUCCUGUAUUGCUGUUGCAGUUUUAAGGCCAUUAUUAAUGUUUGUAGCAUUUGCAGUUGUUUACUACUUAAAAUUACGUUAUCCAGGUUUAAAUUUAAAACAUUAAUCUCCAAUAUGCACAUAAAACACACAACCAUUUUCUUUGAGUAUCUUAGCUAACAGAGCACAUUAACACAAAUGCUAAUAUUAUUUUCUUGUGUUGUAUAUUGUAACACUAAAUUUGGCUUGUUUUAUUGCUUCAUAUCAUUUUUU